CAGUUCUAGCUAGCUUGACGGAAAAAAGCUAGAUUCCCGCAACAGCGGCGAACAGCUGGGAGAGGACAUCUGAGACAGCUGUGCGGGGAGGAACCGAAAAAAAUUGGGCGUGUUUGCGAGCCAGGAAAAGGCGAGAAAAGUACGAAAAGUUUGAUAAGAAUGAGCAGGAAAAACGGCAUAGAGUGAACCGGAAACCAUGGUGAGGAGCGCAAGCCUGGCAACCCACUCCUCGUCAGCUGGAGCCGGUGUCGGCCGCCUGGCAAUAACCAAGAAGCUGGUUCUCUGGUCAGUGCUAGUGCUGCAAGUGGGCUUCAUCGGCUGCAUCUGGCUGCUGCAGAUGAGCCGCGGACAGGAGUCUCAGCAGCGCAGUGGCAUGGAUCAGAUUGGAGCGCGGGUAAACUUUGUGGCCAGCAGUGAAACUGCCCCCAAUAGGCUCUUGGAGAGGAUCUCUCGUGUGGACGGAACCCGGUGUACCCGGCAACAGGAUAAUGUCAACCGCUAUGACAGGGACUUUUACCAAAUGAAACCGGACAGACUGAACGAAUCCCACUUGCCCGACUACAACGUGCCUGCCUAUGUGGACGCGGAGAUGGGUUUGACCCCUGCCCUUUGGUGUUACCGCGAGGGCACCAUAAACGAAAGUCUGCGGCUCAACGAUGUGGACUACCUGAUGGCCCCGCCGCAGUGCAGAUGUGAAAGUGGCUGGCACGGAAGGGAUUGUGGCCAGCCGGAAAUUAUUUGGCGAGCUCUGAUGACGUCCAAUCGGGCCAGUAAACGGGGCGGAAGCACACCCCUUCAACUGGUCGAGGCCAGUUCCACUUCUUUGCACCGCCUGUUUUACAUGCUGGAGCUGGGAGUCUGGGACCAUCUUAGUCUUGAACUCUUAGAGCUGCAAAUUCGAGCUCUUAUAGAGGUGGUGGACUACUUCCUUAUAUACUACAUAAGCAACGGCAGCAAAGAGCGGAAUCUGGAGAACAUGCUGGGCAGCAGAGCCGCGUACACACUGCAUCACUGCUCUUCUGAGAGCAACUGUAGCAGCUCCAUUGCCUACAGCCAUUUCAGGCGCAAGCUGUGGCAGCAUUGUGGCGUUCAAAUGCAGACUCAGGAUCUACUGCUGCACGGGGAUAGUGGAACCGUCUACGCUCCUGCGGCUCUUAAGUUUCUCAAAUACUACGCAAAGGAUGUGCUACCUCUUAAGUUCCGUUUGAAGUACAACGUGUAUGGAUUCUACUGGCAGCACCCAAAAAAGACCCUACUGAAUGGUGUUAUAAGUUCCUUGGGGCACCUGCACAGUGCCCAACUGGACGCCCACCGACUGCACCGGCUUGCGAGCAGCACGUUGGGCGACCUCAAUCACUACGGCGGGUGGACCUGCGAGCUGUGUCAGUCCCCCGAGCAAAUUGUGCUUCUAUUGCAGAGCUUAAGCCACCAAGAGCUUCCUGUAAAGCUACCCAACGAUACCCGGAAUGCCCACAUCGAUGCCAACUAUAUGCAGCAAAUGAUAGCCAAUGGAGUUCACAUCGAUGGUACCACCAAGCUCCUCCGCUUGCGGGAGCAGAGCGAGAAGUAUUUCGCUCCGGAGGAGGCACUUUUGCACAGCAGCCGGUAUGGUCAGCUCUUGGUCAAUCUGUACGAUGUAGACGUCCUAGAGGACUUACAGGAGGAAUAAACACGCUGUCAAACUCUGAUAAGGGCAGGGCACCCUAGUGUACUAACAUAAAUUGACGAAUAUGUAUAUUUAUAUGUGCCUGUUUUCGAAACCCCAUCAAUCUCAUAUCAUACUCUGCCUAAUCCACUCAUGCACUACUUGCCCUUCUGUGCUUUUGGCCAAGAAAAUUCCAAAUUUAGUAUCUCAGCAGACAGGACAGACAGACCCGCCAUCUGUGAUAAGGAAAUCAGAACUAAACAAAGAAUUUAUGAGAGAAAAAUGAAGUGAACAGAACAACGGAAAGUAAUCUCAAUUUGAUGGAAAAAGUUGUGAAAUGGGUUGAACGGAAUUUAGCUCUAUUUUUAAGAUACAUUGGUGUAAACCUACAUGAUCGGUUUGAGAAAGCUUUUUAGGUAUACUUUGAUAUUGAUACGAGUUAUUUAAGCAACUUUAAAUUUGGUUAAACCUUAUGCGUUUUUUGUGUUAUUAUCCUAGAAAAUUAUUAUAUUUGCAAGUAUAUUUGUUACCUUGCCGGAUCGAUUCAGUAUUAAAUAUAUAAAGAUUAUUUAGAUAAACAAAAGCCAGACUUACUUGUUAAAUUUCCAAAGCGCUAAUGUUGUUGUCAGAAAAGGCAGCAUGAAAUAAAUGGAGAAUAUAUGCGAA